ACGCGUCAAGUUUCGUUCCGCCUAGACAAAUGGAUUUCCGCUGGAAGUUUAUCAGACCCUGAGCUUGCAAACCCGUACAUACACGACUUCUCCGGGAAAUCCUUUUUGUUCAAGAUACCUAUUAUUUGGCCUGUGUUACACUAUAAAAUUUUCUAAGAUUCAUAUACACCCAACUCACCGCCUGAAAUCCUCGGUUCAACCAUGUCGCCGCACACGCCCUCAUGUCCUGCAUCGCCGCAGCUUACCCUCAUCGUUGCGGCGACGCUCUCAAAAGGCAUUGGCCUCAAAGGUGGCCUGCCAUGGCAAUCACUCCGUUCCGAUAUGCGAUACUUUGCGCGUGUGACAAAACGGACACCACGAGGCAAUACUACCACCAGCGACAACGGCCCCGAGCAUAACCUGCAAUCCCAUCGCAACCGCACCGUGAAGCUCACCAACGCUGUAAUCAUGGGUCGCAAGACGUGGGAUAGUAUUCCGCCCCGGUUUCGCCCGCUUCCUGAUCGUCUCAACGUUGUCGUGUCGCGGCGUCCGGCCGAGCUAGGGAAUUUGCCCGAGGGAGCCAUUGCCGCUGGAAGUCUGGAAGAGGCCUUGAAGAUGGUGGGAGGGAGGUGCAUACCGGAGCAUCAGGAUGGACAGACGCAUGAGAAUGUUGCAGGAAACGAAAAGCGCGAGCUCAGCGUCAAUGAAGCUACGACUGGUGUCUUCAAGCAAUCUACCUCUGCAUCUACAGUUCCGGCAUCCGCAGACUCAUCUGGACCAUUCACCGCAGCUCGUGCAGCAGAAGAUAUCGCUACUCCGCCGAGCAGCAAUGAUGCACAAGGAAAAGGAGCACAGCAGGAUGGCCAGAUAGAUGGCUCGGGCCUGAGCUCAAAAGGCGCUACCACAACCAUCACAUCAACAAAACCCGAAACACCUGCUGCCGGUAGUACUACCGUCAUUGAUCGAGUUUUCGUAAUUGGCGGCGCAGAAAUGUAUAGACUGGCCGCACAACUCCCAUACACGCGACGCGUGCUGCUCACAGAGGUCACCACGCCCUUUGAAUGCGAUACUUUUUUCCCGCUCCAAAUGUCCGCCUCAGAGGGCUGGCGGAAAGCGUCUCAUGCGCAACUAGAGCGCUGGGUGGGCGAGACCGUUCCGGAGGGAAUAAUCUCUGAGAAUGGCAUCGAUUUUGAAUUUCAAAUGUUUGAAAAAGAGGAGAAUUAAAAAGUACUGUGAAUAUAUGGCCAGGAUGGAAUAUCGAUAAGACGCAUGAUACCGUUUCGGGCAGACCCUCAACAAUCUUUGCGUCGUAGGAAAGUAUAUAUAUUUUCCGCGACAAUUUCAACGAGCUACGGUGGCAGCAUUGGCAGUGACUACUCAAAGUGUCGAGCCUGCUAUUUCCUUUCAUUUCAUUUGGUCUUCAUUAUCGGGACCAAAAUUGGAUCAUCUGGCUC